AUGCCAACUUUAGCCUUGACCAACUUCAAUAUUGUGGCCGCCUUCCUAGGUGGCUUCAUCAGCCUCUUCGGCUUGGUAUCGUAUCUACUGAAGGAGAACUUCUACAUGUCAGAAGCCCUGAUAUCUCUUCUAGCUGGUGUCACCUUUUCUCCUCAUGCUGCCAAUUUGAUACGGCCUUUGGAAUAUGCUCUAGGAAGUGAGGAUAAUGUCAAUACCAUCACUCUCGCCUUCUCGCGCCUGGUACUGGGCGUCCAGCUUGUUCUGGCUGGCAUCCAGCUGCCCAGCCGGUAUCUCAAGAAAGAAUGGAGACCGCUCAGUGUUCUGCUUGGCCCGGUUAUGACCUCGAUGUGGUUGAUCACGAGUCUUUUGAUUUGGGGGUUGGUGCCCAGCUUACCGUUUCUCCAUGCUCUUGCUAUUGGAGCAUGCGUGACACCUACCGACCCUGUGCUUUCUAACGUUAUCGUGAAGGGGAAGUUUGCUGAUCAUAACGUGCCGAAGGAGCUCCAGAAAAUCAUCAUCGCUGAAUCUGGCGCAAAUGACGGUCUCGGAUACCCGUUCUUGUUUUUCGCGCUGUAUCUCAUCAAGUAUACUGGCGAUGGCGGUCAAGCCGAGUCUGGGGGCGCAGGUUUGGCCAUGGGUCUCUGGUUUGGUGAGACUUGGGGCUAUACCAUCAUUUUAAGCGUGAUAUAUGGUGCUGUGGUCGGAUGGCUUGCUAAGGAGCUGUUGCACUUUGCUGAGCGGCACAAAUGGGUUGACCGCGAAAGUUUUCUUGUCUUCGCAUUAUCUCUAGCACUGUUCAUUGUGGGAACCUGUGGGAUGAUCGGCAGUGACGAUGUUCUAGCCUGUUUUAUUGCCGGAAACAGUUUCACCUGGGAUGAUUGGUUCCGACUUGAGACGCUCGAUGAGCUGGAAAGAUUAUGUGCUGACUGGCUUAGCUCGCUGCAACCUACUAUUGAUAUGCUCCUUAAUGUUAGCAUAUUUUUAUGGUAUGGUGCAGUGUGUCCAUGGACACUGUUCGCACGCAACAAUGUUAUACCAAUCUACAGGUUGAUACUUCUUGGGAUUCUCAUCUUACUACUCAGAAGGCUACCGGUGGUGUUCAGCGCACACAGGUUUAUACACCAGCUCAAGGAUAUGAGACAAACCAUUUUCAUGGGGUUCUUCGGCCCCGUUGGAGUCUCUGGCAUCUUCUAUCUCUAUAUAACCCUCGACUUUCUCGAGACGUUGAAGCAAGGUGAUGUGCAAAGAACAGACGUGGCUAACAUGGGCGAGACCACAACAGUGAUUGUCUGGUUUGUGGCCAUAUGCAGUGUGGUUGUCCAUGGUCUCAGCAUUCCACUCGGCAAACUUGGUUUCUACCUCCCCAGGACCAUUUCACGAACGCUAACUCUGGACGACCCCGAACAACCUCGAGAGUCGUUCCGGGCACGGGACCGAGUGAUGAAUUUCUUUCCGCCUUUCCGCGCCAUCAGGUCUGCUUCGAGGUCGCGCGACAGCACAGAACCAAAUUCCCCAAAUGCUUCGCGAUCUGCUUCCCGAGGCCGGUCCGCCUGGAGGAUCGGCGGGACGAUCAUCAAAGACAACAACCGGAAUGCGAACGACUCGCAAACAUUUGUGCCGCCCUCCAGACUUGAAGCCGGAGUAGACCACUCCGCGUCGGCGAUUCCAAGGGAACCCCAGCCCCGGCCGCCUGCGAUGCCUAAUCGCACUAUUCGUUUCGGUGACGAGGCAGCAGGGGGCUCUAAUAGCCCGUCAUUGGAGCAGAGGCGCGCUGACAUCGAGGAAGCCUUGCCUUCCCCCGCAUAA